AUGCUGACCUGGUACUUCAAAUGGGUGCCCACUCUGCCGAACAGGUUCACGCCCAAGAUCGAGUAUGAUGUCAUCGAGGAGGGCACCCCAAAGCGCCAGCAGGUCACCAUGUCGAUGCUCAUGUACUGCAUUGGCAACAUCGACGACUGCACCAAAGCCAUCGACCCGAAGGGCCUCCCGCCCCCUGGCAGCCCGCUGGGCAAGAUCAUCAACCCGGCCACGAUCAGGAACGCCUCGGAAAACGGGACGACCCUCGCCAUGAUUGUCAAGAACGUCGGCGGGGGCAUGUCACCACCCACCAAGCUGUCGGUACUAGACGCUUUCAGGGACAUCAAGACGUUCACAAACUACGAGCGCAUGCACAAGUCUUUCUAUUGGUUCAAGUCUAUCUUGCUGAGUGACACUGCCCCUCUGAACGCAGCGGGAGUGGACAUCCUGCUCAAGUGGGCCGCAAGCACGGGCCUCAAGUCGCCCCCCAACACCGUGUUUGAGAUCCAGUCGCUGGGGGGAGCCAUGAAAGACGUCCCCAGGGAGGCGACGUCGUCCCUGCUGCACGACGCCACGCACGUCCUGAUCAUGCGCAUCGGGCUGCAGCAGAAUUCUGGCCCCGUCUAUGAGACCGCCAUGGCGCAGCUGAACAACGCGUCCCGCGCCCAGGCUGACAUCGUCAACACGUUUCCAAGGAAGGCGGCCGACUUCAGAUCAUACGUCAACUUCAUCGACUCCGACAUCGCACUGCUCUCCUCAGACUGGGAAAAGGCGUACUACGGUGCCUCCAUGCAGCCGCUGCUGUGCAUCAACGAAAAGUUUGACCCCUCUUUCAUCCUGGACCAUGCAGUCUACCCCCUGCACAACCUGCUGCAGGACGGCCCGGGCGUCAAGGCCAGUCAGUGCACUGGCCUCGUAACGCCGCGCGCCGCUGCGGCCCAAAAGUGGUCCGCCACGCUUCUAAAGACGGCGCCCCUCAGGCUCUGA